GCUCGAGGAGAAGGCUCGUCUUGCGAACACCUCGAGGGGAAGACUCGUCUUGCGAACACCUUGCGACCCAUCUAUGUAAAAUACGACGCGACGCCGCGUCUGAUCAUAUCCUGAGAUCAUAUCCUGAGAUCAUAUCCUGAGAUCAUAUCCUGAGAUCAUAUCCUGAGAUCAUAUCCUGAGAUCAUAUCCUGAGAUCAUAUCCUGAGAUCAUAUCCUGAGAUCAUAUCCUGAGAUCAUAUCCUGAGAUCAUAUCCUGAGAUCAUAUCAUAGCCUGCUAAUUCUCCUCGUCUGGCGUCAUGGCGCCGGCUCCGCACGCUUCUGGUCUCACUGAGACCGGCAGUAGUACUGCUGCUAGUCGCAUCCGUUCGACUCCCAGCCUUCCAGCGUCUUGGGGCGCGAUGAUGCGGCCGUCUCACGUCUGUCAGCGACCCGCGGCCACCCUCCUCCUCUCCCUCUUGCUCCUCUCGCCACUAACCGUCGAGCUGCUUCCCGCCGCCGCCGCCGCUUCCGCCGUCUCCGCCGCCUCCAGUCGCGGCGGCCCUGGGCUGAGUACUAGUUUCGGCGCGCGAGCCGCGGCGGCGCGAACGUGGCGGGUGCCGCAGCAGCUGCUCCAGUUUCGAAAUCUGGCGAAAGCUGUUACCGUGUUACGGGAACAGUACGCGGCGUCUCGCGAAGGCGACGCGGCGGGCGUGCGAAAAGCCGCGUCGACGGUGGUAGGAGCAGAGGGGACCGGAGAGGGCGGAGGAGAGACAGCUCCUCUCGGGGCGAGCGGCGCGAGCGAAAAUGAUAGAGUUGGGGUUACCGCGUUCGCGAAUGUCGCACCGCAGGAGGAGACGGACCCCAAUGCUCCGUACACAGUGUUCGAAGUGGCGAAGCCGAUCGAGCGGCCGCAAGGCGCGGAGGAGUGUACAGUAACACUGUUCACGGACGAACCGUUCGCCAAUACGAUUGGUAACCCGCCCACGCAGGCUUCGUACACCCCGGAUCCGAACUGUGCCUCGGCCGAUUGGUCGCUGGCGGUGCUGUCAGUGGGCGUGAAGGUGAAAGGCGUGCAGUUUGACAGGCGCAUGGUCAUCUUCUUUGGCGGCUUUGAAGUGUCUAGAUCCAUCACUGCAGAGCCACUUGGAACGGAGAUUCAUUACUCGUUCGAGCGCGACGUCACAAGUUACACACCCAUGCUUAAAACUGCCUCAACAGUCUAUGUGAUUCUAGAAAACGUCGUGGACGCCGAUUACACCGGCAUUUUCAACGUCACCAUCUCUCUCACCACCUACAAGGGAACACCCCUCACCACCCCCCCCUCCCUCCUCCUCCCCUUCUCCACCACCUCCUCUUCCUCCUCCUCCCCCUUCAUCCUCUCCGGGGCUUCCCCUACUACUCGGAGUGCUUCUGUCUCGCUCUCCGGUCUUCCAGCAAAUGUGAUUAAAGCGAAGGUGGAGCUGACUAUAUCGAUGCACGCGGAUGACGAGUUUUAUUAUCUCUAUUUCCCUAAUAAAUUCUACAAUAGCCUUCCUAGUUCCCUCAAGCCCAAAUUUAAGCCGGAAGGGGGCCCCUUUCGAGAGCUAGAACUCUACAUUGACAACCGAUUUGCUGGGGCGAUUUACCCCUUUGCUCCGCUUUACACCGGUGCUUUCAACCCGCUGCUUUGGUCGCCCGCUGUGGGAAUCGGAAAUUUCGGCAUCCCGUCAAUUACACUCGAUGUGACGCCGUUCGCAGGGGUUUUAUCCGACGGGCAAGCGCACGAAAUCAAGGUUACGGUUGGGAAUGCAAAGGCGGCAGCUGCUUGGUACCUGACUGGGAUUGUGCACAUCUGGGUGGAUUCAGGGGUGGCGUCGACUGCUGGCCCACCACCAACCAUCAAGGUGUCCCCCAGCAAGAGGAAAGAACGUGUGAAGCUGUCUGAAAGCCCGUUAAUUCGAGUUCUGCGCAUGGUGGGAGUGCGGUUGAGCAUCGACGGCAAGUACGGCACGGUUGCUAGCAGAGCAUACACCAUCACAGGCACAGUGACGACUUCGGACGGCCCUGUGACAACGCAGGUCACGUCCUCCCUGUCAGUGGAUGCUGCAGCAGUGGUGGCGCAGGGGGGCGUGGUGAUUACCUGGUGGAACAACGUCGGCAUCAAGACAUCUGUUACGUCGACUCUUCAGACAACGGCAGCGGUGCUUGCGACCCAAACGGACAGCUACACGUUUCCGCUCAAGCUCAAGCAGACAUCUCUCGACUCAUAUGGAUCUGUGAAGUUUGAUAUCGACAGUGGGUACAACCGAAAGUCUACACUUGGAGGAACACCCAUAGGCUCAUCAGCAUCAUCAUCAUCAUCGUCGUCAGCAGUAACAACAAACAGGCUGCAUAACUCACGCAAAGAUGGCUUCACUGUGUAUGUCGACUCGAAAGGUGUUGUGACAGGGUCGUCCACUUCAGGUAGCCAGAGGUUUGUGUAUAAGAGUAGCUUGGGCAGUGGGUGUUACUCGCGGCAAAUCAAGACAAGGCCAAUUGAAGUGCUUCAGAACGUAGAUUCGGCUAGUUGCUGAUGUGAAAAAGGGGUUGCUUAUAAGACGCUUAGGAUGAGGCAUGCCAGGAGGACGAACGAUGCAUGCCAAUUGGAGGUAAAGAAUCAACUAUGUAUGCAACGGCUGAUGUGAUGUGAAUAUUGGUAUAGUCUAUAUGGAUAUAGGCACAAGCAACAUGUGAUACUGGUAUGUAGUUCAUGCCUCAUUGUCUGUCUUGGCACU